CACUGCUCUGGUCCUCCGCCCGACGCGUCAUCGGUGGGCGGGGCUUCCUCUGACGCGUCAUCGGUGGGCGGGGCUUCAGCGCAGCUGGUUCUGCCGACACUCACAACAUUCACGGAGAUAUCGGUUCAAGCAGGCCUGUGGCCAUGGCGAAAGACCCGUUAGCUGAGGCAGGCUUUUACUUUGAUGAACUCAACAAGCUACGGGUUCUCGAGCCUGAUGUCAGCCAGAAGACGACGGAGCUGAAGGAUGAGUGCAAAGACUUUGUAGACAAAAUCGACCAGUUUCAGAAGAUAGUUGGGGGCCUCAUCGAGCUGGUGGAUGAAUUAGCAAAAGAAGCAGAGGCAGAAAAAAUGAAGGCUAUUGGAGCGAGGAACCUGCUGAAGUCGGUGGCCAAACAAAGAGAGGCCCAGCAGCAGCAGCUUCAGGCGCUCAUCGCUGAGAAGAAGAUGCAGCUUGAGAGGUAUCAUAUCGAGUAUGAAGCCCUGUCCAAAGUGGAGUCUGAGCAGAAUGAGUUCAUUGACCAGUUUAUUCUGCAGAAAUGAGGACAAGGUUAGACAACAGCCAUCAACUUUCCAGAGUGCCUGUGCUGGGUAAAUCCCACUUUAGAGAGUCACUCCUGCUGCAGCUUCGCUCCUGAAGCCAUCUCAAACGUCCAGCAUCAUCAAGAGACGUCCAGGCCUCGUCUAUAUAGACCAAUUUGUGGAUCAACAGUAGCUCUGAGGAUUUCCAGAGCUGAAAGCUCAAAUGAAAGAAACAUUCCAUUAACACCAAAUAUCUCACCAUCUGAUACCAACUUUUAAGGCAAUGGAGCUAUUUGUAUAAAAGAAAAUUAUUUAUACUAUUUAUACUUAAGAAAUAAUCUGUAUAUUAAGCUUUAUAAGUUUUCUAUCAAUUGAAAUAAAAACUGCAGUGCAUGUAUUUGUGUUUGUUCCUGUGGUACAGCCCAUCUAUGGACACAGCACAGGGGAGACACGUCUUUUCUCUCAUCUUCAGUUUCAUUUCUUAGAUACACAUAAUUGUUAUACUUGAAUACUAUAUUUUGCAUAAAUAUAUUUUUCCUGUCAAUGUUGGAAAUGAGUGAGGAAAAUGUCAAAUGCAUUAUGAAUAAUUUCAAUAAAGAUUGAUAUCAGCAAA